CCGAGACUUCCGAGUGUGUUGUAUCCGACGGAACUUCAUAUCAACUUCCGUUCACAGUUUUAAGGACGGCUACCGAAGGCUAUGUCUAUUCUAACUCUCCUUCAAACUUCAUUAUCUCAACACCCACCAGUACUACUUUGAUCAUUAAUCGUCCUAUCAUGCUAGAGAAAUUUACAAAGAAAAUCGUCGAUUCGUUAUUGCGCUCAGAUAGGGGGAGCAAUGAUCUGGAUGGACAAACGGUGGGUUGUCGUAUUUCUUCAAUUGAAACAUUCUCAUGUUCAGUGUGGCUAGGCUGAAAUCGAGUCCAAUGGCACCGACAUUCGUCCUGAUGUUGACAGUCACUGGGCGUCUGCCAUGGCAGACACAAUUCAAGUUUUAGGUUGCGGCUGUAUCUGGUGUAGGAGAAAUACCGAUUUGGACGAAGACUCGGUGGAAAGGGAGCAGCUGAGUCAAUCUCCACAUCCUCGCAUCCGCCCACGGAAGGUGUGCUAUUCGCCAAUGGCUACGGAAAGCGGGGUUUUGGAGGUGUUGUAUCCACCAUCAUAUCUUGACACUCCUACGGUUCUCGACCCUGAGGCUGGUCCUCCUGCUUAUGAGCUGCGACCCACAGUACCUCCAAACACUCCGCAAGACCAACCACCCUUGAUUUCUUCUCAGGAUGGCGGUGAUCUCGUCCCGUUUACACCUCGCCUUCAACAACUCGCUCCUGAAGGUGUUCCAACUCAUUCUGCGGACCGUGUAUCAUCAUUCCACUCGUCCCAUACUCCCCUUGACCCAAGCGCACAAUCUCAUUUUCGUCACCCAUCACCGCGGAUUGUCCGACAACCAAUCAUUGGCCUUGGACUGGAGUCUAUAAAUGGAGACGGUACUGUUGAGCCUCCGGCAUACAGCCGGUUCGAUUCUGCACGGCCCCGGUUCCCAGCUGCUUCUGACAUCCUGGGACCGUAUCCACAUAUCUCAAUGCUUUCCUCAUGAUUUAGAGGGUUUGAGUUCCCACACGAGGACUUGUGUAAUCUUCAUGUAUCAAAAGCAUAUCCGAUGUAUCCCUAGAUCUCAUUACUCUCUACAUUGCUAUGUAGGAUGUUGACUCCUAAUUAUUUCUGAGUCCUGACUCAGUCAUUGAUUAA